UCUCCUCAUUUGACACCUUCCCCGUGACAGCUAUGGCAGGGCUAAUUAUAACUUGUUUGCUUUUGUAGGUCAAGAGGAAACAUUGGUACAUAUUCAUUUCAGUCUGUUUUAUUACCGCCUAAAAACUACGCACAGUAGCUUUAAUUAGCAAAAGGUGGCUGGCUUCCAGUAUUCACAGAUUAUUAAAUUGAGUCUGAAAGACUGAAAACAUCAGUAUAAACUGAGCCACAGAUGAUCCUUUACCCACACGAUACAACUAGAGCCGACAGAGGCAUAGUUUGGCAUAGUUUGGCAUAAUUUGGCAUAGUUUGUCUGGUAUGAGUGAGGUGUCCUUGUGGUUCUGCUUCCAUCUGCACAGCUUGUCUUGACACCAUUGACAAAACCAGUUUCUCAAUCCUACUUCCAGUCAUGCCCGUGAUGUUCCUUGCUUUUCUCAUCACUCCUAAUGUUUCAGGGGUGUCAGAUUCCUGCUCUCACCUCACUUCUAUACAUAAGUAAAAGUCAAGUGCAUAAACUCCUUUAAUCCCCUGCUGAGCCCUCGUUCCACUGACCUCUACACCCCUCAAAACCCCCACCCCCUUUCCCUCUGAGGACACUAUAAAAGUCGAGGGGGAUCUUUGAACCUUUACUUUGGAAGAUUUUGAGUAUUCUAAAGAAUCUGGACGUGGACUAAAGCCUCAAGAUGCCACUUAAAACCAAUUCUGCAGUCAUUCCCACUGAGACCAACAAACCAGGACAGAAAAGGAGAUCAAGUAAGAAUGGGGAGACAAUUCAAGUUCCUGUUUAUGUGCCAAACAUCCCGGAGCCGACAUGCAGAGCUGAUCUCAUCCCACACUGGAUGAAGUUGUCUUUUGAUGCUAAAACUGCCAACAAGAUGUUGUGGAUAACUGACAGCGGGUAUAAGGUGUGUCGCAGGACUGAGGAGGUUUGCCCCGUACUGGACAGACCAGAGAGAUACGAGUACUCUCCACAAGUGCUUUGUGCAGAGGGUAUCUGGAAAAUUAGGGCUUACUGGGAGGUGGAGUACACAGGCUGGGUGGCAAUAGGAGCCACCUACGAAAGAGCAGGGCGCAGGGCGAGCUGUGGGCCCAGCGGGCUCGGAGAAAAUGAAGAGUCCUGGGCUCUGUGCUGGUCGGGCACACGUUACCAGCUCUGGUUCAACGGCGUAUAUCAAGACAUAAUGGACUGCCCAUACAGCUCCACUAUUGGAGUAUACAUCGACCAGCCUGCAAAGAUAAUUAACUUUUAUGCAGUAUGCGGUGAGGGGGAAGAGAGAGAAGCCAAACUGCUGUAUAAAGUUACGACCACCUCUGAUCAAAAGAUUCUGCCAGGUUUCUGGAUGGGAAUUCAAUCUUCAUGCACAUUACUGAAAACACCUGAGUGAAUAGCUAAAGCAAAAAAUUCUGAUGAUCAUUUAAACAUGACUAUUAAUUCUGUUUGAGUAAAUUGCAAAGUUGUAAUAGUUUCUUAGAAAUAUUUUCCCAUUGUUGUAUAUUUUAUGGCCCAACACUCCUUCACUGUAUUCUGUGAAUGUUGUCCUGCAGCAUCAGAUUGAAUGUUUAUUAACUGAUUGUGAUAUUUAUUUGACUUGUGACUUUAUAAAGCCUGAA